AUGGCGGCAAGCUAUUAUGUUACCAGAUUAGGUUUCCAACCUGUUGCUUACAAAGGAUUAGAAACAGGAAGCAGAAAGUAUGCAGGACACGUGGUACAGCAAAAUGACAUCACUCUUCUUUUUAUUUCGGCAUAUGAACCCAAUGAAACAGAAUUAGGAAGUUAUUUAGCGAAACAUGGCGAUGAAAUUAAAGAUGUAGCUUUUGCUGUUGAUAAUUUAGAAAAUAUUGUUAAUACAGCAAAGGCUCGUGGAGCUAAAGUCGUUAAAAAUAUUUGGGAAGAGUCGGACGAUGAUGGUACCGUUAGAUUGGCUAUAAUUCAGACGUUUGGUGAAAAUACACAUACUUUUAUUGAUAGAAGUAAAUAUAAAGGGCUAUUUUUGCCAGGAUAUGUGCCUUGUGGCCCUGAUGCUUUAGGCAUGAAAUUAUUUUGGUCUGUUGAUGAUAAAGAUGUUCAAACUAAAUAUUCCUCACUAAGGUCAACUAUAAUGAGUAAUUGGGAGGAAAACAUUAAGGUGAUAAAUUUAAAAGAAAGAGGUAUGGAAUUUCUUCAAGUGCCUGAUAGUUACUACAAAAUGUUGAAGGAUAACCUUAAAACUUGCAAUAUUGAUAUUCAAGAAGAUCUUAACGUGUUGCAAGAAUUAAAAAUUUUGGUUGAUUACGAUGAAAAUGGAUAUUUGCUUCAAAUUUUCACCAAAAACAUGCAAGAUAGACCAACUUUGUUCAUUGAAUUGAUUCAAAGGAGAAAUCAUAAUGGUUUUGGAGCAGCAAAUUUUAGAGCCUUAUUUGAGGCUAUAGAAAUGGAACAGGCUAAAAGAGGAAAUUUAAACUAA